CGCCCGCCUCCCCCAAGAUGCUGUUUUGGCACACGCAGCCAGAGCAUUACAACCAGCACUCGACCGGCAGCUACCUGCGAGAUGUCCUUGCGCUGCCGAUCUUCAAGCAGGAAGAGCCGCAGCUGUCUCCUGAGAACGAUGCCAAACUGCCACCCUUUCAGUACGUCCUCUGCACAGCCACCUCCCCCGCCGUGAAACUGCACGAAGAAACUCUGACCUACCUCAACCAAGGUCAGUCUUAUGAAAUCCGUCUACUUGAGAAUAGGAAAUUGGGAGAGUUUCAAGAUUUAAACACAAAAUAUGUAAAGAGUAUAAUUCGUGUCGUUUUCCACGACCGCCGCCUGCAGUACACAGAGCAUCAGCAGCUCGAGGGCUGGAGGUGGAGUCGACCUGGGGACCGCAUCCUUGAUAUAGAUAUCCCGCUGUCAGUUGGUAUCUUGGAUCCCAGGGCUAGCCCGACCCAGUUGAACACCGUUGAAUUUCUCUGGGAUCCGUCAAAGAGAGCUUCAGCAUUCAUUCAGGUACAUUGCAUCAGCACAGAAUUUACUCCACGGAAACAUGGAGGAGAGAAAGGGGUGCCCUUCCGGGUGCAAAUCGACACCUUUAAGCAGAACGAAAAUGGUGAAUACACAGAACACUUGCAUUCUGCAAGCUGCCAGAUCAAAGUGUUCAAGCCUAAAGGAGCAGACAGAAAACAGAAGACUGACAGGGAAAAAAUGGAAAAGAAGACCACCCAAGAGAAGGAGAAGUAUCAGCCUUCCUACGAGACAACUAUUCUCACAGAGUGCUCUCCCUGGCCAGAUGUGCCUUAUCAAAUGAACAAUGCUCCAUCUCCAAGCUACAACAGUUCUCCCAACAGCUUCAACCUCGGAGAUGGCAACAGUUCACCAACCCACCAAAUGGAGCUCCUGCCUCCCAGCAAUGAUCAUCUCCUUCCUUCUGCUUCUAUUCAAGAUGCCCAGCAGUGGCUUCAUCGUAAUAGGUUCUCUCCAUUCUGUAGACUCUUCUCAAGUUUUUCGGGUGCCGACUUACUGAAGAUGUCCAAAGAAGAUUUUGUUCAAAUCUGUGGCCCUGCUGAUGGAAUUCGGCUCUUCAAUGCAAUUAAAGGAAGAAAUGUAAGGCCCAAGAUGACAAUUUAUGUCUGUCAAGAACCAGAGCAAAAUAGAUCCCAUCUCCACCAAAAACGAGAAAAUGGAGAUGGCAGCCUUUGUGUGUAUCAUGCAAUCUUCUUAGAAGAAUUGACCACUCUGGAAUUGAUGGAGAAGAUUGCAAACUUGUACAGCAUUUCUCCACAGCAGAUAAAUCGGAUCUACCGGCAGGGACCCACAGGGAUCCAUGUAUUAGUGAGCAAUGAGAUGGUGCAAAACUUCCAAGACGAAUCUUGUUUUGUUAUCAGCACAUUAAAAGCUGAAAGCAAUGAUGGCUACCACAUCAUUUUAAAAUGACCGUGCUGCACAGAGAGACUUUAACGGCCUAAAAUUUAGUGCCUCACUGAGAUUGCUACAACCUAGACUGGAAACAUGAAGAACCUUCUGGAUAAAUGCUCCUGUGAACUAAGAAUUACCAAACAGCUUAAGAAAAAACUUGCUUUUACAGAUAGAAAUUUUUGGUGGUGUGUGAUUUUGGUGGAUUUGGUUUUUUGUGUUUUUUUUUUUUUUUUGGUUGGUUUGAUUUUUGUUUUGGUUCUUUCAGUUUUUUUAAGCUGGAGCUGAGAACAUCCUCAAAGCUUGUAAAUGUUUUUUCUUCCCUCCCUUCCUCUUCAGUCUCUUAAAAAUUGUAGAGGUUUCUGCUUAUUACUUAGAAACAUCUGCCUUGUACUAAAGGGAAGUGAAAGAUAAACAAAUCCCAAUUUUGUUGGCCCCUCAUGUUUGGGUGAAUUGAUUUACUUACAGUUCUGAGUGCUCUCUUGCGUUCAACACACACCCUGAUGCUGAUGGAUGUAGACUCCCAGGGCUCCUCUUGUACUCUUUGGGGUGGAAGGCUUGGGGCUGCCUCCCAAAACAGAUGGGCAGUGCAGAGGAGGAUGAGUUUGGUGCCCAGCCUUCACCCAAAAUGUCAACUCUGGAAGCCCACACUUAGCUGUUCUCCACCUGCAGAUGUGCUCAAAAUCCAGAGACCUUGGUCCCUCCUGACAGAUCUUCUGUAGUACCAAUCCAGCAGAACAGUUCUGGGAAGGGUUCAAGGGAGGACAGCUUGAGAUGAGCAGUUCAGUACCAUGUUACUAUCUUUAGCUUUAGAGAAGCCUCCUUGAAUGGAGCUUUUGAAGGUUUUCUGAGGAACUGUUUUCAACACUGACAGCUACAAAUGACAAAUUCAUACUAUGGAUUUAUUCUACUCUACGGAUUAGUGAUUAACUGCUAUCUUUACUGUAACUGGGAAUUAGAUGUUAUAAUCUUAAUGGAUUUUCAUCCUGUUACUGAAGUAAAACUGUUUUGAUCAAGACCAGGUAAACAGAUCAUCUUAGUUGCUGCUUCUUACAUUCUUGCUCUCUAACUUUUGACUCCUCUUUCCCAUAUCUGUACCUAUGAUCAGCUCCACCCUCCCUUGAUCUUUUGGGACUCAGUUCCAGGCUCCAUAAAGCUAAAAAAGUGCCUUCCACUGCAGUCAAAGGCAAACUGGAUCACACCUCACACCUUUCUUGCAUGGAUGAAACCAUUUCACUUUUGACAGCUAAAUAAUAUGUCUGUUUCCCCAAACUGAGCAUCUAUAUACCAACAAAAUCUGAUUCUUGGACAUUUCACUUCAUCCUGAACUGACAUGGAAAGCUGAAAUACCAAACAUUUUCCUGGAAUGGAAAUUUUUCAAAAAAUGAGAAGUUGUCAGCUGGAAAACACUGAAUAAAAUGUUCCAGCCUUUUGAAAUGGAAACAUUUAAUUAAAUCCAUUUGGCCCUUAAAGCAGCAUCAGUUUGAGCUACUGUUGCAGCUCUCAGAAAUUGUCAUUCAAGUGCCUUGCGCGCCGUGUCUCCCCUGGGGCUGAGCUCUUUGGCUGAAUUACAGAUCCCAUGAUGCUCCUACCCUGGGUUAGUCAAACAGGGAAUGCGUCAUGAGGGCUGGAGAGGUGCCCAGGGAAAGAGGGGGCCGUGGAGCCCUUGAAUUACAGCUCCCAGCUGACACUAGAGGAAUUCGGACAGACACGGACUGAUAUUUCUCUGACAAAAGUUAUGUGUUUCAAGUUUUCCCAACAGAAAUAAACAGCAAAAUAUUGAGAAAAGCAACCUUUUUUUCAUUAAAGCAUCAAGUUUUGCGCAAAAAACCCCACCCUUGCCCACUGAAUUUUUUUUUUUUACACCGAAAAUAAUACUAGAAUAGAAAACUUGUGUUACAAUGGGAAAACCUUCAGCCAACUCAGCUAAUUGAGCAGCAAUGCCUACUUAGGCACGAUCUUGCUCAACUGACUGUCCUGGAUGCUCCAUGAAUUGUAGGCAUGCAGAAAGGAUGCCUGGGCUUUGGGACAUGGUGGUUCCCCCUUCUGAAAUGAAGAAAUUGAGGCUUCUUUGCUGAGAACCAGUAUGUGUAGGUGAGGAGGAGCUCCUGGCCAUGGAAUCCAGGUUGUGGCCACACACAGCUGCCUUCCAAAAUAGUGAAUGAAUUCCAGAUGCUUUUGUGAGCAGGUGGGACUAUGUGCCCCUGUGUACCAGGAGCUACUUGAUUUAUUUUCUAGAAGGUGCUUUGGAAGAUGGAUGUUGGCUGCUCUGUAAUACUGGCCCAGUGCAUGGUAUGGCUGUCAUUGGCAGGCAGCUCAGGUGACUCUAACCUCAAGGGAAAGGUUCUAAAUAGACCUUAUCAUAUCAGAUCCACUUUGAUGUGAUAGCCCUGUAAGUGAGGGGACACAGCAAUAUUGAUAACACAGUAGAGUGAAGAAAGGAUAGAGGUGGCUUUGCUGACAGAGUUAGGGACUGAGAACUCUUUGCUUGUUUUAAAAAGCCUAACUUCUUGAUUCUUUAAAAAACAACUCUUUCCCAUAAGGAAUUAUAUGCCUAAGUCCUCACAGUUUCAAUAGCACUUGUUUGAUGAAUUUUGAACAUAAAGAAUUCUGUUAGGGCCUUGCUAUAUUUAGAUUUUUUUAAACACAUAAUUCUAUCCUCAUCUGAGGAUGAAUUUGGCAAUAUAUUUUGCUUUCAUGCUCUAAAAAGGUAUACCUGAGUAAACAAUCCCAUAGACUAUAAAUAUUAUCCUAUGAUUUGGCUCUGUGUGAGCCUGUUGUAAAGCUGUCCAGUUUAGGGGGGUGUGUAUGUGUAAUACCUUAUCCUUAUUUGGCAGAAUAGUUCUAGUCCUUGCUGAACCUCUGUAGCCCCAGCAGGAAUUUUGAGGUUCAUGGUUAAGUAACAAACACAUCCAUGAAGGCACAGCACAGCUGUUUUGGUGUCCAGGAGGCUGCUAAGUUACUUCAGCUUAGAAUCAUAGAUUGUCUUGAUUUGAAAGGGACUCUUAAGGGUCACAGAGUCCAAUGCCCUUGUCCUUACAGGAGUACCUAAAACUGAUCCUUGUGACUAUGAGUGUCAUCCAGAGCAGCCCAGUGCUCCUUGAACUCUGGCAGGUUUGGUGCCAUGACCAGAGGCAAGGGAAGUCCCUGGGGACCUGUCCCAGUGACCAACCACCCUCCAGUGAAGAAUCUUUAUCCAGUGUCAGUCUGAACUUGCCCCGAUUCAGCUUCAUUCCAUUCCCUCCCUUCCUACCACUGGUCACCAGAGAGAGGAGAUCAGCACCUCUCCUCCACUGCUGCCCUUGAGGAAGGUACAGAGAGAAAGACUUGUCUCACCUCUGUGUCAGGUAAUCCUUGACUCUCCUUGGAUCUGCCAUCCCUGGAGGGACUUGUUUGACUUGUUUGUGGAAGUGACAGCCUCCAGAAGGAAGCUUUUGUUUCCUCAAGACUGGAGGAAGCACAAAUGUUUAGUCUGGGAUAGAUGUCUAAAUUCUAGAUAGACUAAAGGCAAGGGAGGUGAGUAGAUCCCACUCAUCUAAAAUAGCAUUUACUUUUUUCUUAAGUGCCUGUUACACUUAUUUUUGCUCUUUUUAAUUGUUGUUCGUCCUAUUUCUUUCUUAAAAAGUAAGAAAACCUACUCAAAGUGAUUUAACUGGAACUUUUUUUCAGCUAUAUGUGAAAUUUGUUCAACAGAACUUUAUAAGGACUGGGGCUUAGGAUAACAGUGAGUAAGAUGGUUUCCCAAGCUGUCCAGCUCUUCAGUUGUAUGUAUGGUGACAGCCACUAUGAGUAAAAGUGGGCUUGCUGGGUAUGAAAAGGCAGAAUCAUUAUGUCAUUAAUACCAAUAUGACUCCAGCCAGUACUGCAAAGUAUAAACUUGCAUUCUUGUCAGAUCUGUACUGUCUGAAAUCU